AUGUCCGUUACUGCCUAUUUUGCUAGGCUUAAGAACCUUUGGGAAGAGGUUGAUGAUUUUAGAUCGAUUCCUGGAUGUGACUGCGUUAAGUGUGAGUGCGGUUUAGGCGUCGUAAGGCAGCAAAGGGAAGAAGAUAGAGUCACAAAGUUUCUUCGAGGUCUUGGAGAACAAUAUUCAAUUGUUAAGUCACAAGUGAUGCUAAUGGAUGAAUUGCUUAGUGUUAACAAAAUUCUGUCCAUGAUUACUCAACAGGAGAGCUCCUCAGGCUCAUCUUCUCAAAAUGAAGUGAAAGGAAAAGGCAAAGGAAAUAGAAGUCAAUGUAACAAAGGGCGAAACAAGUUGCAAUGCUUCAAGCCUCGGUUUAAUAAGAAAAAUCCUGUUCUUAAUUGUAUGACAGCAGCUGAUGCUUCUGAGGAUAUUAAUGACAAUCUCAGUGUUCAUCAACUGGUAAGGAGUGAACCGACCAUUAAUGAAUUUACUCCAGAGCAAAGAGAAGCGCUUCUAGCAUUGCUCAGCAGACAAGAUCAAUCUCAUUCUCAAAGCAUUAGCCAGAUUUCAGCCAAAAAUAAUCUUUCACCUCAUAACGGUAAAAUGGUGCAUAUUUUGCAUUUUGAAUCUGAUGUCAUGGCUCUAAACAUUUCAACUCAAAAACACAAGCCUUGGGUUAUAGACACUAGUGCUAUGGACCAUGUGUCAUAUUCCUUGGCAGAUUUUCAAAAUUAUUUCAAGAUAGAUCCUAUUGUUGUUAGAUUACCCAAUGGUGCUCUCACAACAAGCUGCAUUAUGGGAACUGUUGUGUUUUCUGAUGACCUUUACCUUACAAAUGCAUUGUUCAUCCCUACCUUCAAUUUUAAACUCAUUUCAGUUUCAAAGCUCACUGCAUCACUGCAUUGUAAAAUGAGUUUUACUGACAAAGAUUGUGAGAUCCAGGAUCUGCACACUUUGAGGAUGAUUGGUGCAGCUAGUAAUGUUGAUGGUCUCUACAUUCUGCACAAGGAAAUCAAGAUUCUCCCUCAUAUCACAGCAAUUUCUCGCAACCACAUUCCAGGCUCCUUGUGGCAUGCUAGACUAGGGCAUCCAUCACAUGAUAGGCUAGUUGCAUUACAAAACUUUACUGGUAUUACACACCAAAGAACUUGUGUGGAGACGCCGCAACAGAAUGGGAUUGUUGAGCGUAAGCAUCAACACAUUCUUGCUGUGGCUCGUGCUCUCAUGACUCAUGCUCAUUUGCCAAAAUCAUUUUGGAAUUAUAGUGUUGGACAUGUGAAGGUUGUGAUUCCAACAACAAAGUCACUUCUAACUUUCCAGCAAACACAUCUCAUUACUUUGACUAUAGCUUUCUGCACGGAUGAUGUAAGUCAGCAAAAUUUAAAUACUCAAAUUGAUGAAGCACCUCAUGAUUUAAGUGAUAGUGAAGAUAUCUUGCCUUAUGCAGAAAUUCAUGAUCAUGUAGACACAGGUUCUGCAUUAGCAUCUGCAUCACAUGAGGAAUCACCAAAUUCUUCUCAUGUCCCUUGUCAAAUUGUGCCUAAAAUUGCUGGGCUCAUUGCUCAAAGGUAUCCAAUCUCAAAUGUUUUGUCCUACUCUAGACUUUCUCCUAUGCAUCUUGCAUUCUCUCUUGCUAUUCAAAAUUUGGAGCCCAAAAGCUAUGAGGAUGCUAUAACUCAAGUUUGUUGGCGAGAGGCUAUUCAAGCUAAACUACUUGCUUUGGAGGAAAACAAGACAUGGAAGCUAACCUCGUUGCCAUUUGGUAAGAAAGUAAUUGGUUGCAAAUGGGUAUUUUGUACCAAAUAUCACCCUGACGGAACGGUUGAAAGGCACAAGGCCAGGCUUGUUGCCAAGGAUUUCACCCAAGUAGCUGGUAUUGACUACAGAGACACAUUUAGUCCUGUAAUAAAGCUAGGAACAUUGAGAAUCAUGUUGGCUAUUGCAGCAGUCAAGGGUUAG